AUGGGAGACAUGAACAGAGGUAAUAGUGGAAGGUUAAUUCAGCAAGUUCUUGGUUGUAGCAAAGAUGACAGCAUCUUUAAUGAAUCAGAUGGGGAAAUGAAUCAGGGCGUUGUGGAUGAAGUGGAUAGCCUAUAUGAGUUUUAUAGACAACAUGCCAGGUUGAAAGGGUUCAGUGUUGCUAAAAAAUGUGCGUCAAAGGGAAGAGGAGAGGUUUAUAAAUAUCAAACAAUUAGUUGUGACAAGGGAAGAAAAGCGUAUGCUGAGAAGUCAUCUAAGAAGAUCAAUUGUCCUGCAAGGGUGAAUGCAAUCUUAAAAGACAAUGGAAUGUGGCAGGUCAUAAAGAUUAUAUAUGAACACAACCAUGAUAUGGAUCCUUUGAUGUCUAGGUUCAUGGCUGGGCAUAGGAAAAUAACUCCUAACUUGAAGAGAGUUUUCAAAGCUAAUGAAAUCUGUGGUAUAAGGCCAUGCAAAAGCAUUAGGAUGCUAGAAGUCCAAGUAGGUGGGACAGAGAAUUUGAUUUGCAUGCCUAAAGACUGUAGAAAUUUUAUUCAAAGUAAAGGGAGGCUUCGUUUGGAAGAAGGUAAUGCUGAGGCAAUCCGAGGGUUAUUUAGUUCAUCUGCCUGGUAG